UAACGCAUGGAGAGAGUUCGUCCAACAACUGGCCGGGAGUAAUAAACGAACAACGGACGCGAAUUGAUUUCGGUGUAGUCGCCAAAUAUUUACGUGCACGUMGAUUUUUUUUGCUUGGAAGUGUAACCAACCUAGAUAUUUUGUUUAUACAUAUUUCUUUUUUGGUGUGUGUCUUUUACACAUUCUAUCGCCUUCGAUUACCAUGAUGGGCGUUGUAUCAGACUUUGGGCAGAUAGCUACUAAAUGGGAUUUGAAGAAUCUGGAAAUUCGCACUAUGACGGUGGAGAAAACAUUGGAGCCGCUAGUGCUGCAGGUGACCACCUUGGUGAAUACAACMGAGCCGAGUAAGAAGAAGAAAGGCAAAUCGAAACGUGCCAGCGCACUGGUGGCUUCCAUUGAGAAGGCAACCGAAAAUUUCGUCAUCAAAGGUGAACAAAUCGCUUAUGAAAAUCCAGACAUAACACAGGAGAUGUUGGCUGCCGUGGAGGAGGUGCGUAAAACCGGUGAUGCCAUGAGUAUGGCGGCACGGGAAUUUGCAGCUGAUCCCUGUUCAUCGUUAAAACGUGGCAACAUGGUGAGGGCGGCACGUAAUUUACUAUCCGCCGUCACUCGUUUGCUUAUAUUGGCGGACAUGGUCGAUGUACACUUGUUGCUGAAGUCCUUGCAUGUCGUCGAAGMUGAUCUGAAUAAGCUGAAGAAUGCYUGCAGUCAGGAUGAGCUGCUGAAUAAUAUCGAACAGUUUGGUGAGAAUGCCGGUGAGUUGAUCAAGCAGGCCGCCAAGCGGCAGCAAGAGUUGAAAGAUCCACAAUUGCGUGACGACUUGGCAGCAGCACGCGCUAUGCUGAAGAAGCACUCAACUAUGCUGUUCACCGCUUCCAAAGUGUAUGUGCGUCAUCCGGAAUUGGAUUURGCAAAGUUAAAUCGUGAUUUCAUAUUGAAAGAAGUGUGCGCGGCAGUGAAUACGAUCAGUGAUGUGGCGCAAGGCAAGUCCUCGCAACCAACCGAGAUUUAUAGUGGCGCGGGUGAAUUGGCAGCAGCUUUGGACGACUUCGAUGAGGGUAUCAUCAUGGACACUUUGACCUACAGUGAAGAACAUUCGCGUCAGUUGCUGGAAGAGCGUUUGGAGAGCAUCAUCAGCGCGGCAGCUUUGAUGGCUGACGCAGAUUGUACACGCGAUGAGCGACGUGAGCGCAUAGUUGCCGAAUGUAAUGCUGUGCGACAAGCGCUGCAAGAUUUGCUCUCCGAGUAUAUGUCUAAUAUUGGACAGAAGGAUCAUACACCCGGGCUGGAUAGAGCCAUCGAUCAAAUGUGUCGCAAAACGCGCGAUCUACGACGACAACUGCGCAAGGCGGUAGUUGAUCAUGUUUCCGAUUCAUUUCUGGAGACAUCUACGCCACUCAUCGAUCUAAUUGAGUGCGCCAAAACGGGCAAUGAGGUGAAACUACGUGAGAAGGCGGACAUAUUUACCAGACAUGCKGAAAAGCUAGUGGAGGUGGCUAAUCUCGUCUGCAGCAUGUCSAAUAAUGAGGAUGGCGUUAAAAUGGUACGCUUCGCAGCAUCGCAAAUUGAGAGUCUCUGCCCGCAGGUGAUUAAUGCCGCAUCGAUUUUAUGCGUGCGCCCGAACUCGAAGGUGGCACAAGAGAAUAUGGCCGCCUAUCGGCAAGCAUGGGAGGCGCAAGUGCGCAUACUAACCGAGGCGGUGGAUGAUAUCACAACAAUCGACGAUUUUCUGGCGGUCUCCGAGAAUCAUAUACUGGAGGACGUCAACAAGUGCGUCAUGUCGCUACAAAUGGGCGCGCCACAAGAGUUACGCACCACAGCUGGCGCCAUACAGGGACGCUCGGCGCGUAUUUGUGAUGUAGUCGAGGCGGAAAUGGAUAACUAUGAGCCAUGCGUUUACACCAAACGCGUUAUGGAUGCUGUGCGUGUGCUUAAAGAGCAAGUGAUGGCCAAUUUUGCGCAACGCGUUGAUACCGCUGUCGAUGCGUUGAUCAACAAUUGCAGCCGYGACGUUGAUGAGAAUGAUUUUAUCGACGCAUCGCGUUUGGUUUACGAUGGUGUGCGCGAGAUACGACGCGCAGUGCUGAUGAAUCGCAAUUCCGAUGAACUGGAUACGGACACAGAAUUCGAACCGGCUGAGAACACAAUGUCCGAGACGCGCAGCAAAUCGAGCGCACAAGAUGGUGGCCCAACAGUGGAUGAGUAUCCCGAAAUUAGCGGUAUUUGCACAGCGCGUGAAGCUAUGCGCAAGAUGACGGAAGARGAUAAACAAAAGAUUGCCCAACAAGUGGAACUUUUCCGACGCGAAAAACUCACCUUCGACUCCGAGGUGGCRAAGUGGGAUGAUGCUGGCAAUGAUAUCAUCUUCCUGGCCAAACAUAUGUGUAUGAUUAUGAUGGAAAUGACUGAUUUCACGCGCGGUCGUGGUCCCUUGAAAACAACCAUGGAUGUCAUCAACGCCGCCAAGAAAAUUUCCGAAGCUGGCACGAAACUCGACAAACUAACACGCGAAAUCGCCGAACAGUGCCCGGAAAGUAGYACCAAAAAAGAUUUACUCGCAUAUCUACAACGCAUAGCGCUCUACUGUCAUCAAAUACAAAUCACAUCGAAGGUUAAGGCCGACGUACAGAAUAUCAGUGGCGAAUUGAUUGUAUCCGGCUUGGACAGCGCUACAUCAUUGAUACAGGCAGCCAAGAAUCUGAUGAAUGCUGUCGUGCUCACGGUUAARUACUCGUACGUCGCCUCAACGAAGUACACGCGUCAAGGCACCGUUACAUCGCCCAUUGUUGUUUGGAAGAUGAAAGCACCGGAGAAGAAACCGCUGGUGCGUCCCGAGAAGCCGGAGGAAGUGCGCGCUAAAGUGCGUAAGGGUUCGCAGAAGAAGGUACAGAAUCCCAUACAUGCCCUGUCGGAAUUCCAAAGCCCCGAUGGCGCGGUCUAAAAUAGUUAAAGUAGCAAUAUAUAUAUGAUAAUUCUUGACAUUUCUCAUACAAAACGGAAAUGUAUGUAUUCCUGGGUAUUAGUAGGCAUAUAACAAUUCAUGUCCRCUUGCAAAGUUCGACUGAAUAAAUAUGAAUAAAGACAAAGAAAUAAAAUAUUUUGAUUCUCCGAAAAUGA